AUGGCGGAAUUCUACGACGAACAGUCGCAACAAACUUCCAAUAACAAUUCUGCGUUGCAUCCCCAGCAUGAUACUUCGAUGAAUCUCGAUGCGGCGGCGGGUCACAGCGAUGUCGAUGGGUUCUACGUUCCCCGCCCGAAACGCAUCGCAUGCGUCGUCUGCAGGAGGAGGAAACUAAGAUGCGACGGCAAAAAACCCAGCUGCGGAACCUGCGCACGAUUGGGGCAUGAAUGCGCCUACGAUGAAGUCCGAAAAAAAAGUGGUCCGAAACGGGGUUAUGUGAAGCAGUUGGAGGCACGGCUAGCCCAGGUCGAGACCUUACUCAGAACCCAAGAAGGGGGCGCCCCUCCACCCCAGACGAACGACUUCAGCGCCCCGGCUCAGAAUGAGCUGACAGGCAUACCCGAGUCGACCUCUCUGUCAAAUAGCACGAGUGCACCUAUUUCGCCUCCUGAAGCGACGGGGAAUCAACCUCUUCCGGGACAAAUGUAUCUACCGCCGCCCAUACGCGAUUCCCAUAACUUCGCAUGGGACAUGAUAAGUCUGGGGCUGGAAGAGCCUCUCCCGGCCCGGGAAGUUAUUGAUGAACUAAACCAAAUCUAUUUCGAGAAAAUCCACCCCGCGCUCCCCAUUCUACACCGACCGAGGCAUUUGGCGGCCAUGGACCUGGCCCCAAAUGUUCGACCCCCGGUGUGUUUGCAAUACAUCACUUGGAGUCAUGCCGCAUCAGUCAGUGACAAGUAUCAUAACCUUCAUGAGCUAUUCUAUCAGCGAGCCCGCAAAUACGCCGAAUUGGAGGAGAUGAAAGGUCUUGGAGAGGGUGUCUUGUCCUUGGCAUGCUGUCAGACAUGGCUACUUAUCGGUACCUACGAGUUUAGAAUGAUGUGCUUCCCCCGAGCUUGGCUCAGCGUUGGGAAAGCCUCGCGAUUGUCACUCAUGCUGGGUUUGAACCGGAUAGAUGGCCUCGGUCACGGCAUGAAACAGUCACUCCCGGCGGCCAGGGAUUGGACGGAAAAGGAGGAGCGACGACGGGUCUUUUGGAUGACGUACUGCGUUGACAGGUACGCCAGCGUCGGAACUGGAUGGCCUAUAUUAUUUGAUGACCGAGAUAUCACGACCAAUCUACCCGCCAGCGAAGAAGCUUUUGUUAAAGGCCAGCCGCAGCAGACUGCAAGCGUCAGCGACAUAGCGAGUGGCGAUUGUAUCCCCACGCUUUCGCCGUUCGGGAGCGUUGUUUUCAUGGCAUACCUCUUUGGCCGAAAUCUCACCCAUCUGCAUCGUCCCGAUUCACAUGACAACGAGCAUGAUCUGAACGGGCUGUUCUGGCAGCGACAUCGGUCUCACGAUAACAUUCUGCUCCAUUUUGCUCUGGCAAUGCCAAAUCAUCUUCGCCUGCCCGCGGGUGUAGCUGAUCCGAAUGUGAUCUUCUGUAACAUGGCGAUCCACACCUCGACGAUAUGUCUUCACCAGGCUGCCAUCUUCAAGGCGGAGAAGAACAAAAUUUCCGAACAAAUCGCCACCGAGAGUAAACGCAGGUGCAUAGUUGCCGCGGACCAAAUCUCCAACAUCAUGAAGAUGAUCAGCCACAUGGAUUUGACAAUUAUGAAUCCAUUCAUGGCAUUCUGCGUCUAUAUCGCAGCGCGAGUGUUUAUACAAUACCUCAAGUCUCGUUCCGAUGACUCUGCCGCCCGAUCCUCUCUACAAUUCCUCUUCUCCGCUCUAGGCGCACUGAAGCAGAAGAACCCCUUAACCGAGUCCUUCCUGGUCCAGCUGGACGUCGACAUCGAGGGCACCGCGAUUGAUGACAUCCGACCUCGACCAUCGAAAAAUAUUCGCCGCGCACCGAGUCGUACGGUAAGCGCCUCAUGUCUCCUACCAAACGAGCCCACCACUCUUUUGCACUCAGACGAAGAAACCGCACCAGACACCCAACCUCUAAGAUCCAUCUGCCCCAAUUCACGGGCGACGCCUGCCCCCGAAGAAGGAGAUUCGCCAUCCUCCUCAAACAACUCCCGUCAAGCCUCCGCCCGUCCGCCCUCAAACCUGCCCAGUCGACAAAAACAACGCCCCCCUCCCUUCAACCCCGCUUCCCUCUCUUCUUGCCCCAUCCCUAAUGACAUGUAUAUCCCGCCGGCAGUGAAUAACAUUGCCCCGACGGGCAUCUGCGGAGGCGGACGAGGCGCCCCAAGAGACACACCCCUCGGCAUGGAGCUAUCGCCCGAGUUCACCGACGCCAGCACAAACAGCACCUCCACCACGCACAACAACAGCAACGCCACCAUUCCCGAAGACCCAGGAGUGACGAUAAACCACCCCUCUCUGAACGGGCACCCUCAACUCGCAGCUAUGCAGAAUGGCCCACAGCACCAGCGCCAGCAGCAUCCGCACCCGCAUCAACACCAACACCAACAACACCCACAUCCCCGCCCUUCCAGUACCACCCAUCCACUGGAACCAAGCACUUCGAUGGCGCCGUCAUCCAUCGAAGACAUGGACAUGGCGUCUGGUCCGUACAUCAACAUGGCGUAUCAAGGCCGAGGAGGAUACCCGGCGACGGGGAUCGUGACGCCCCUCGACUCAACCGGAUCGGAGGGCUCGAUGCCCAUGCCCUCGGCGUGGGAUUUUGCGCCCACCCAGGAUCCAAGCGCCCCCGACGUAACGCAGAUGACGACCGGAGGGAUGGAGUCGUUCAAUGAUGCGCAGUGGGCCCAGCUUCUGGCCUCGGGGAAUUGGGAUGCGUGGCGGAAUCAUGUGUAG